AUCAUGAAUGUCAAAAAAAGAAGACCUAAAGAUCUUAAUGAAAUAUUUGAGGGUCAAGAAUUAAAGAUUGAAUCUAUUAACCUUUCAAAAGCUUUAAUCUCUAUAAAAAAAGAAAAGUAUCAGGAAGCAAGGGAAAAAAUUCGAAAUCUACUUGAAUGUAAACAACCCUAUAUCCAAUCUCAAGCUGAAUAUUUAGCAGCUGAAUACUACCUGCAUGGAUAUGUAAAAAAU